AUUCCCAAAGGAGGAGUGGAGGAGAUCACAGAGAUGGACUUUUGACGUCGGCAUUGCUUCCCCUAAGCCUCAGGAGAGGAGAGAGACGCGGCUCUCAUGAAUGAGGAAGCUUCGAUGAUAAAUAAAUGAACUGCUAAAAGUCCAACCAGUAUCCGUGUUCUUUUCUUGCAUUUUUCUUCGGUUUUGAAAUUUCAUUGGUCCGCUGAGGCGGGCGGCUGCCAAUGCCACAGACGAUUCUUUUCUUCCUCGUUUUUUCGUUUCUCUUUUUUCACAUUUUUAUUUUAUUUUAUUUUAUCCUGUCGUCCUCUGUCUCUCUCUCUCCCCUCUUCUUCACCUUCCUUUCAAAGUCAAAGUAGAGGGCAUUGGAACCCAAACAAACGGAGAGCAGACCCCUCCCCCCCUCUCUUUCUCUCUCUAUCUCUCUAAACAAACCAGGAAAAUAAAGUACGAGAUCAAGCAUUUUUCUUUCUGUUCUUUCAAUCGUCGUGGUGAAGUUCUUGGCUUUUCACUUGAUUUGUAGAAACAAGCAUCCAUGAGUUCCAACGCUCCGUCUUCCAGCGCCGGGGGGCCUGGAUCGGCCGAUUUAUCGGCACCCAGAAGGAAUUCCAAACGACCCAAGUAUUCAAGGUUUACUCAGCAGGAGCUUCCAGCUUGUAAGCCAAUUCUUACUCCACGUUGGGUGAUAUCUGCAUUUAUGCUUGUUAGCAUUGUAUUCAUUCCUAUUGGAGUUGCUUCUCUGUUUGCUUCCCGAGAUGUGGUUGAAAUUGUUGACCGUUAUGAGACUGCGUGCAUUCCAGUGACCGAUAGAGAAGAUAAGGUGAAAUACAUACAGAGCCCUGGAAAUAAAACCUGCUUCAGAACACUACGAGUUCCAAAGCAUAUGAAGAAACCUGUCUAUGUAUACUAUCAACUUGACAACUUCUAUCAAAACCAUCGGAGGUAUGUGAAGAGCCGAAGUGAUGAGCAGUUGAAAUAUAAUAAAAGCGCAUCUGAAACAAGUGACUGUGACCCUGAAGAUACCACCGCAAAUGGGCAGCCUAUUGUACCUUGUGGUCUCAUAGCUUGGAGUUUGUUCAAUGAUACUUAUAAUUUCUCUCGUAACAACCAACCACUGGCAGUGAACAAGAAGGAUAUUUCAUGGAAAAGUGAUAGGAAACACAAGUUUGGAAAAGAUGUCUAUCCCACAAACUUUCAGAAUGGUACUCUCAUAGGUGGUGCACAUCUCGAUUCUAAUAUACCGUUGAGUGAGCAGGAGGAUCUUAUUGUUUGGAUGCGAACUGCAGCUCUUCCAACAUUUAGGAAGUUGUAUGGAAAGAUAGAUGCGGAUCUCCAGGAAAAUGAUGCUAUAAAUGUGAUAUUGGAGAACAAUUACAACACGUACAGUUUUAAUGGGAAGAAGAAGCUUGUGCUUUCUACCACUAGCUGGCUUGGUGGAAAGAAUGAUUUCCUUGGCAUUGCUUAUCUUACUGUUGGGGGACUCUGCUUCUUUUUGGCUAUCACUUUCGCCAUUGUGUAUCUGGUCAAGCCUAGGCGACUAGGGGACCCAUCGUAUUUGUCAUGGAACAGAAACCCAAGCGGGCGUUGAGCAAGUUACUGCAAUGUAAUUUUAUAUGUAGUAAGAUGUGUAUCACGAUUUUAUAUCGUAACUGAGCUUUCUGCCUGUUCACAAUUUGAUUUGAUUUUUUAUUUUGGUUUGACAGUAGCAAAUUAAAUUUUGUGUAUAAUUUUAGAUAUAAAAAUAUAAGGCGACCAUGUCCACAUCUGUUCUUGUAGGCUUCGCACUUGCAGCGAUGUUAAGGAACCGGAAUAUUAUUGAGCUUUGGAAGGGAAAGGAAAUUUUGCUUAGUCUGUAAGGAAUUAAGUUGCCCUAAAUGUGAUUAAUUAUAAAGCUCAGAAAGUCAGUUGUGGAAAA